AUGUCUAGGGUCAUCAAGAUGGCUGCUACCUCCCAGUUUGCCAGUCGAUACAAAAAGGAUUUGAGUACAGAAACCCUCAGAACAAAAGUUGCUCGCAGGAAAUCGAUGCUUCAGAAGGAGAACAGGCACAAGAUGUUUGAAAAGGGCAGACAGUUUGGAUUGGCAGAUGUCAAUGUUCAGCUCACAAAAGAGAGGGGAAUUUCUCAACGAAAUGAGACAAGUGAGAUGUGCUCUCAAGAGAGCAGCCGUGUAAAACAGAAACAACCCCCAAAUGCGGCCACCAAGAGGACUGAUGAACGCAGGGAAAUGCUCCAGCGCUAUAAAGAAGAAAAGGAACUUCGAAAACUGAGAGAGCAGAGAGAGAAAGCAAAAAAGGGUGUGUUUAAAGUUGGGUUGUACAGACCAACUGCACCUGGAUUUCUUUCACUUGUGCCUGAAGAUCCAGUGAUAGUGAAGCCAAGAGAGAAGGCAGCUCCUGCUUUCUCCGGGAGGAUUACUCGAUCAAAAGCCAAGAAUCAAGAAGAAAAAACUGAGAUACCAACUGUGUCCAAGCACUCUACGGUCAGUGCCAACGGGCGUGGUGUGCGCCCAACACAAGCAGGACGUAAACAGAUGAGUACAGACAAAGUGGCUGAAAAAGAGAAAGUGUUGCAGACUGCAGUCCAGACAACCUCAAAUGUAAGAAUCACCAGAGCAGCAGCCGCUGCAGCUAGGCAGAUGCUGAAAACAACAGCUACUGCUGCUAUUACUGGUAACCCACCACAGAGAAAGACAGCAAAUGUAGGAAAGCAGAAGAAAGCAGUCAAACCUGACAUCACGGAGGUAGUUCCUUCCAAACAUGGAGUGGAUAAAAAUGCUCAGCUGAACCCAGCAAUGAAAGAUUCUGCAGCUGAUUCUAAACAUCCAGCAUCAGUAGAACUUCAACAGGAACAGACCUCCGUGGAGAACAACAACAAUUCUACACCAGGGAGACCCAGAACAUGCUCUUUUGCACCUCAAAACUUUGUGUUUCAGCCUUUAAAUGGAUUAGCAACCUACAAAGUUACACCCAUGACUCCUUCUAGCGCAAAUGCGUUUUUGACACCUAAUGCCUUCUGGGGUUCUUCAAAAACUCCAGUUAAUAUAAUGGAAAAAUCCAGUAAAACUAAGGCACGAGAGCCUAAUUUCAAAAGUCAAGUUUCACCUGCUGGUAAAGGCAUUCAAGAACAGCAAACCACUACAAGUUUGAAAGGAGAAAAAGAAAGUGAAUCAGAAGAGAAAAAUUCUGUUCAGAGACCAAAUGACACAAUACCUGUCUCUACAGAUAUAACAGCACUUGAAACGAAGUCAGGUGAUACAAGGGAGCAAGAGCAUGAUGUGCCCUAUUUCAGGAACAUUCUUCAGUCUGAGACAGAGAGGCUGAUGUCUCAGUGCCUCCAGUGGGAUGGAAAAUUUGAGCUGGACAUUCCAGAGGAUGCUAAAGAUCUUAUUCGCACCACAAUUGGUCAGACAAGACUGCUCAUAGCAGAAAGGUUUAAGCAGUUUGAAGGACUGGUGGAUAAUUGUGAGUUUAAACGAGGUGAAAAAGAAACAACAUGUACAGACUUAGAUGGAUUUUGGGAUAUGAUUAAUUUUCAGAUAGAAGAUGUGAAUAAAAAAUUUGAUAAUCUGAAGAAGCUUCAAGACAAUGAGUGGCAACCGCUUGAUGUCCCAACCAAAGCAAUUGUCAAGAAAAAGGCUAUUCCAAAUGGAGUAUCUAAACCAAAGCUGGGAGCGGCUGGAAGAGCUGCUGCCCGAAACCGCCUUGCUGCUAUAAAAGCAGCUAUGAGGGAUAAAAUGAAGCAUGACGGAGCUGCUGACUGUACAGAGCAGGAGAAGCUACCAGAAGUAGAAAAAGUGGUUUUUGAGGCGGGAUUUUUCCGAAUCGAAAGCCCUGUGAAAACCUUUCCAGGCUUGCUUUCAAAGACACCUCGCAGAUCUUCCCAGCGGACUUCGGGAAAACCGGCAACUCCAAGAUCAUCCAGGAGAGCUUUGCUUCAGAGCUUUCCUUCUGUCCCCCGUAACCCUGAGGAUACGACUGCAAAUCAGACAACACCAGUGCUCAAAGGCUUCCACCCAGCAGAAAAUUUGAAAAUGCACCCAUUUCCCACUGGAAAAACUCCCCCACUGGAAAAUCUCCCCGGUGGUGGUCUUGAACAAAGCAUUUCUGUAGUUGCAGAAGAACACUGUCCUGUUGCUGUCAUAGCAGAGGGAACUAAGGUGCUGGAAAAUUCUAGCAGUGAAUUAAAAGUAACUGAUGGUAUGGAAGAGAUGGAACUGUCUGCUGCAGAACAACAAGGACAAGAUAUUGCCAUGUGGAGUCCGGAGAAGGAGACCUGCACAGAGACUGACUUUGCCCAGUCUGGAGAACUGAAAACACAUCAAACAAGUGUUUCAUGUAGUGAUUUGACAUCCAUUGGCAGAAAUCCUUUCGAUGUGCCCAUGCUGGAUGCUGAGCUUCCCUUCACUCCAGUCACCAGCAAGGCCAAGAAGUUUGCAGCAGCUGAAGCGUUCAGUGACCUCAUUGUGUUUUCUCCCCUUUCUCCCUCGGGGGAAAAAUGA